AUGCCAAAUGUGAACACCAAUAAGCCUGGGGCCAGCCCCGAUUGGGCACUGGCCCUGUCCCAUGGUGCCAAGAACCAUGUAGGGGAAUAUGUACAAAAUAGUGGCAACACAAAAAAUCCCCUUAACUGUGGUAGUAAUAGCCAAAGAGGAAGUUUUCACAACAAGGCUGCGCAAAACAGCUGCAGCGAUAGCACUAGGAGUAGCAACCCUAAUAAUGAAGUAUCCUCCCUCGAUUUGUCGACGUCAAAUAAUGCAGAGAAGGAUGCUCUUCCUAAAAAUCACAACAAUGAUGACACGUACGAAUUGUACCAGUUAAACGUAAAAAGUAGUAGCCAAGACCCGUCAGCGGAAAAGUCGAAGUUGAGUGUAGCUAGCUAUAUACAACAGUAUGAUGAAUCUUACGAAGAAAGAACAAAAUUCAACAAAAAAAAAAGCAGCUUUUAUGAUAAUAAUGGGGUACCAGAUAGUUAUCCCUUUCUCCAUACCUAUAAUAUUAGUCAUACGGACAAUGCGAAUAGUAAUUAUGACAACGCGCUACAUCAACAGAACAAUUCCAGUGGUGGAGCCACGCCCCAGAAGAAUAACACGCAACAUGAUAGCAUGUGCGAUCAGGGCGCUGCAGCGAGGACAAAAGACAAUGAAGGGGAGUCAAUCAGGAGACCGGAUAAUUUGGAAAACUUUCGCUUGGGUAGAAAGGGAACGUCAAAGUGGGGUAUCGAAAAUAAGGACCACCAAAACGGGGUAAGAAACGAUGUAGAAAGCAAUUCUCCAAACAGCCUUCCUAAUGAACAGAGCAGUGCCACUUAUACCUGUCUAGGACCAAACGAGGUUUCCCCCAAGGAACAUACCCAAAAUAACGGCGAUGGAAACAGGCUCAGCAUGCACAAGCACGAUGUAGACAAACUGUAUCAAAAUUUCUGCUUCAAUCGAGAGAAAGCAAUGAGUCAUACAAAGAUAUUCGAUUAUGCCGGAUGUGAAGAGGAGAAACUUACCAAGCCGAAAAAUAAGACGAGUACCUUUGUCCCAAAGUAUAAGAACUUAUCAGCAAAAGAAAUCCAUUUUAACAGCCUCGCAGGGAAUGAUAACAUAACAAUUUUAGCUGCGAAUAAAAUGAAAUUAGAUCUUUCUAAAUUAUCCGAAAAAAACGAACAUGCGUUACCAGAUGUAUAUCCAUUUCAUCUUUCCAGUGAUACAAAAAAUGAAGAAGAAAAAAAAAGAGCACAUAAACCUUACUUGGAAAAGUUAUACCCUACAAAUUUUAACUAUAUAAAUACUUAUAAAAACAAUAAUGCUAAUAUUUCCCUAGAGGAAAGAAGAAGUUAUAUGAAUUCCAGUCAUAUCUUUGAUUGCUAUGAUAAUAAAAUGGAAGAACCCUAUCAGAAGGAGAGUGAAAACACAAGGGAAGUUGUCACGAAUCGAAUUAGCAGAGAUGUAAAAAAUGUGGACAACGAAAAGGAGGAGAAAAGGAAAGUGAACCCUCUAUAUAGUGAUUUAUUUGGAAGGAAAACACCAGAUAUUAACCAGAAUGCCCCAUGUGAAAAAAUCAUGCCAACUACAUUAAAUUGUAAUUGGAUGUAUUGUCCCAUCGACACCAGGAAGUAUUCGGAACAAUCCUUUAAUUCCUCCGACUAUUUACAAUCAUGUGAAAAGGGAAACUUUAACAGAAAAUCUUAUUUUGGUAAAGAAGUAUAUGAUGAUGAAAGGAAGAAAAUCCUUCAAGAAGCAUUACAGAAGGGUUCCAGGGCUUUGUUCAAAGUACAUAUGCAAUCCAUUUUACAGGAUGGUGCUAAGUACAAUUUGGAAGACUGCAAUCAUGUACAGGCAACUUACCUAAUUCUCCAUAACAUAAAAGAUUGCGUGUCAGAUGAGGAGAUAAAGGAUGCUGUGAGGAAAAGCGGCGCGUUUGUAGUUACGUAUGAACCGGAGUAUGAUUUCCUAUGUAAUAGACGCAAAAGCAACGCCAAGUUGUGCAUUAGACAUGCUAACGGGAAAGAGGGCUUAAAUUUAUUAACGAAUUUGUUGGCUCAACUGGACAUUACGGUUCAUUUCAUGUGA